CUUCCAGCCUUAUAACUCACUACAUUUUUCAAUACGAUCAUUACAAUUAUUCCAAGUGAACCAAGUAGUAUAGUACUACUAUACUUGUGACUCCAGUCUUCAGUCGUGCUGCCGCUGCUGUCGUCUUGAAGUUGAGUAAGUCCAUUACAAGUCAAGGAGAAAAUGUCCGAUUCUGAGGGUUCUUAUUAUCAACCAACCAUUGAACGAAAAACGAAAACUGGUCGCAAACCUACAGAAAACAAACGCAAAUCAAAAUCAGACCGUCCCAGUAAAAAAGCUGCGAGUGAUAGCGAUAUAUUCGGUAUCAGUCACGACCACGAGGCAGGCGCGGACGUCGGAUCAUCAGGUCGAGCAUGCCUGCCGUCGCUGUUCGUGUACCGAGUGGCCAACGGGUGUGAGCGACGCACAGCUCACACCGAUGGCGAAUAUUACAUCGACUGCAAGGUGUACCGAGCUAACGACGCGCGCAACACCGACUCGCUAGAGCUAUGGAAGAAGGCAAUCGUACGGAUCAAGCUCCAGACCGACAUAGACUCUCCUCAGUGGCAAAAACUGCAGGAGUUUGUAAAGUCCGCAGAUGUUUUGUUCCCCGACAAACCUAUAUUUUACGAUAAUAAAUAGUUAUAUGAUUUUAUUUCAA